AUGCCAGUGGCCAUUUCUGAGGCUAGCACCUUUUCAACAACUCCUGUUGACACCAGCACACCUGUGACCAUGUCUACUGAAGCCAGUUCAUCUCCUACAACUGCUGAAGGUACCAGCAUACCAACCUCAACUCCUAGUGAAAGAACGACCCCAUUAACAAGUACACCUGUCAGCACCAGGCCGGUGGCCCGUCCUGAGGCUAGCACCCUUUCACCAACUCCUGUUGACUCCAACAGUCCUGUGGUCACUUCUACUGAAGUCAGUUCGUCUCCUACACCUGUUGAGGAUACCAGCAUGCCAACCUCAACUUAUCGUGAAGGAAGCACUCCAUUAACAAGUAUGCCUGUCAGCAUCACACCGGUGGCCAGUUCUGUAAUCAGCACCCUUUCAACAACUCCUGUGGACACCAGCACAGCUGUGACCACUUGUACUGAAGCCCAUUCAUCUCCUACAGCUUCUGAAGGUAGCAGCAUGCCAACCUCAACUCCUAGUGAAGGAAGCACUACAUUAAGAAGUAUAACUGUCAGCACCACGCCGGUGGCCAGUUCUGAGGCUAGCACCCUUUCAACAACUCCUGUUGACACCAGGACACCUGUGACCACUUCUACUGAAAUCAGCUUAUCUCCUACAACUGCUGAAGGUAGCAGCAUGCCAACCUCAACUCCUGGUGAAAGAAGCACUCCAUUAACAAGUAUACAUGUCAGCACCACGCUGGUGGCCAAUUCUGAGGCUAGCACCCUUUCAACAACUCCUGUUGACACCAGCACACCUGUGACCACGUCUUCUGAAGCCAGUUCAUCUCCUACAACUGCUGAAGGUACCAGCAUACCAACCUCAACUCCUAGUGAAAGAAUGACCGCAUUAACAAGUACACCUGUCAGCACCACGCCGGUGGCCAGUCCUGAGGCUAGCACCCUUUCAAAAACUCCUGUUGACUCCAACAGUCCUGUGGUCACUUCUACUGAAGUCAGUUCAUCUCCUACACCUGUUGAAGAUACCAGCAUGCCAACCUCAACUUAUCAUGAAGGAAGCAUUCCAUUAACAAGUAUGCCUGUCAGCACCACACCGGUGGCCAGUUCUGCAAUCAGCACCCUUUCAACAACUCCUGUGGACACCAGCAGAGCUGUGACCACUUCUACUGAAGCCCAUUCAUCUCCUACAACUUCUGAAGGUAGCAGCAUGCCAACCUCAACUUAUAGUGAAGGAAGCACUCCAUUAACAAGUAUACUUGUCAGCACCAUGCCAGUGGCCAGUUCUGAGGCUAGGACCCUUUCAACAGCUCCUGUUAACACCAGCAUACCUGUCACCACUUCUACUGAAGGCAGUUCUUCUCCUACAACUGCUAAAGAUACCAGCACGCCAACCUCAAGUCCUAGUGAAGUAAAUACUCCAUUAACAAGUAUGCUUGUCAGCACCAUGGCAGUGGCCAGUUCUGGGGCUAGCACCCUUUCAACAACUCCUGUUGACACCAGGACACCUGUGACCACUUCUACUGAAAUCAGCUCAUCUCCUACAACUGCUGAAGAUGCCAGCAUGCCAAUCUCAACUCCUAGUGAAGGAAGUACUCCAUUAACAAGUAUACUUCUCAGCACCAUGUCAGUGGCCAGUUCUGAGGCUAGCACCUUUGCAACAACUCGUCUUGACACAAGCACACCUGUGACCACGUCUACUGAAGCCAGUUCAUCUCCUACAACUGCUGAAGGUACCAGCAUACCAACCUCAACUCCUAGUGAAAGAACGACCCCAUUAACAAGUAUACCUGUCAGCACCACGCCGGUAGCCAGUCCUGAGGCUAGCACCCUUUCAACAACUCCUGUUGAUACCAGCAUACCUGUAACCACUUCUACUGAAGGCAGUUCUUCUCCUACAACUGCUGAAGGUACCAGCAUGCCAAUCUCAACUCCUAGUGAAGUAAGUACUCCAUUAACAAGUAUGCUUGUCAGCACCAUGCCAGUGGCCGGUUCUGAAGCUAGCACCCUUUCAACAACUCCUGAUGACAACAGGACACCUGUCACCACUUCUGGUGAAGCCAGUUCUUCUCCUACAACUGCUGAAGGUAGCAGCAUGCCAACCUCAACUCGUAGUGAAGGAAGCACUACAUUAAGAAGUAUACCUGUCAGCACCACGCCGGUGGCCAGUUCUGAGGCUAGCACCCUUUCAACAACUCCUGUUGAUACCAGCAUACUGGUCACCACUUCUACUGCAGCCAGUUCAUCUCCUACAACUGCUGAAGGUACCAGCAUGCCAACCUCAACUCCUAGUGAAGGAAGCACUCCAUUAACAAGUAUGCCUGUCAGCAUCACACCGGUGGCCAGUUCUGCAAUCAGCACCCUUUCAACAACUCCUGUGGACACCAGCACAGCUGUGACCACUUCUACUGAAGCCCAUUCAUCUCCUACAGCUUCUGAAGGUAGCAGCAUGCCAACCUCAACUCCUAGUGAAGGAAGCACUCCAUUAACAAGUAUACCUGUCAGCACCACGCUGGUGGCCAGUCCUGAGGCUAGCACACUUUCAACAACUCCUGUUGACUCCAACAGUCCUGUGGUCACUUCUACUGAAGUCAGUUCAUCUGCUACAUCUGCUGAAGGUAGCAGCAUGCCAACCUCAACUUAUAGUGAAGGAAGCACUCCAUUAACAAGUAUACUUGUCAGCACCAUGCCAGUGGCCAGUUCUGAGGCUAGCACCCUUUCAACAACUCCUGUUGACACCAGCAUACCUGUCACCACUUCUACUGAAGGCAGUUCUUCUCCUACAACUGCUAAAGAUACCAGCAUGCCAACCUCAAGUCCCAGUGAAGUAAAUACUCCAUUAACAAGUAUGCUUGUCAGCACCAUGGCAGUGGCCAGUUCUGGGGCUAGCACCCUUUCAACAACUCCUGUUGACACCAGGACACCUGUGACCACUUCUACUGAAAUCAGCUCAUCUCCUACAACUGCUGAAGGUAGCAGCAUGCCAACCUCAACUCCUGGUGAAAGAAGCACUCCAUUAACAAGUAUACAUGUCAGCACCACGCUGGUGGCCAAUUCUGAGGCUAGCACCCUUUCAACAACUCCUGUUGACACCAGCACACCUGUCACCACUUCUGGUGAAGCCAGUUCUUCUCCUACAACUGCUGAAGGUAGCAGCAUGCCAACCUCAACUUAUAGUGAAGGAAGCACUACAUUAAGAAGUAUACCUGUCAGCACCACGCCGGUGGCCAGUUCUGAGGCUAGCACCCUUUCAACAAAUUCUGUUGACUCCAACAGUCCUGUGGGCACUUCUACUGAAGUCCGUUCAUCUCCUACACCUGCUGAAAGUACCAGCAUGCCAACCUCAACUUAUAAUGAAGGAAGCACUCCAUUAACAAAUGUGCCUGUCAGCACCAAGCCGUUGGCCAGUUCUGAGGCUAGCACCCUUUCAACAACUCCUGUUGAGUCCAACACUACUUUGACCAUUUCUACUGAAGCCAGUUCUUCUCCUACAACUGCUGAAGAUGCCAGCAUGCCAAUCUCAACUUAUAGUGAAGGAAGCACUCCAUUAACAAGUAUACUUGUCAGCACCAUGCCAGUGGCCAGUUCUGAGGCUAGCACCUUUUCAACAACUCGUCUUGACACAAGCACACCUGUGACCACGUCUACUGAAGCCAGUUCAUCUCCUACAACUGCUGAAGGACACCUGUCACCACUUCUGCUGAAGCCAGUUCUUCUCCUACAACUGCUGAAGCAUACUGGUCACCACUUCUACUGCAGCCAGUUCAUCUCCUACAACUGCUGA